CCCCACCCUUUCCUUACCUUCCAUACAGGAAGCUGCGCAAGCUAGCUGUCAACAAAGGGUAAAGCAGUGGGGAAUCUCAGAAUUAGUCCAGAAUUCGGCUAUAGAGCCGACUCUUGGUUGCUUCUACCGAAAUUUGAUGUCGCCAGUUGAAUCCUGAACAUGGCAACAACCGCUCAGUUGUUCGAGGAGCCCUUUGAUGCAGAUGAGUACAUUGAAAGGUUGGCAUGGAGGACUCCUGGGGGAGGCUCUAAAGGAGGAGCUGAGGCAUUUGACCCCAAAAGGCUGUUGGAAGAAUUUCGGAACCACAUCGAGGAGCUGAGGCAACUGGAUAAGAAGAUCCAGAGGAAAGUGGAGAAGCUUGAGGGUCAGUGUCAUCGUGAGGCCAAGGAAUUUGCUCACAAAGUGCAAGACUUGCAAAAAAGCAAUCAGGUUGCAUUUCAACAUUUCCAAGAGCUUGAUGAGCACAUCAGCUAUGUGGCCACUAAGGUCUGCCACCUUGGUGACCAGCUGGAGGGCGUGAACACUCCUCGCCAAAGGGCCGUGGAGGCCCAGCAUUUGAUGACCUACUUCAACGAGUUCUUGGAUGGAGAGCUACGCAGUGAUGUCUUCAACAACCCGGACAAGAUUAAAGAGGCGGCUGAUAUCAUUCAGAAGCUGCAUCUCAUUGCCCAGGAGCUGCCAUUCGACAGAUUUGCAGACGUAAAGGCAAAAAUUGCAAGUAAAUACCAUGACCUGGAGCGGCAGUUAAUCCAGGAGUUCACUGCAGCCCAGCGUAGGGGUGAAAUUGGUCGUAUGCGGGAGGUCGCAGCGGUCCUGCUACAUUUCAAGGGUUAUGCAUACUGUGUGGACGUUUAUAUCAAGCAGUGUCAGGAAGGUGCCUACCUUAGGAAUGAUGUGUUUGAGGACACCGCAGCUCUCUGCCAGAAGGUUAACAAACAAGUGGGCGAGGUCUUCAGCAGUCCAGAGACGGUCAUGGCCAAACUCAUCCAAAACAUCUUUGAAAACAAACUGCAGGCUCAUGUUCGGGAAAAGCUGGAUGAGACUCGACAUUCUGAUGUUGAACAGUAUCUCAGAAACCUCUAUGACCUUUACACCAGAACCACAACAUUGGCUACAAAGCUGACAGAGUUCAACCUGGGCUCAGACAAGCAUACGUUCCUGUCAAAACUGAUAAAGAGCAUUUUCUCUUCCUACUUGGAAAGUUACAUUGACAUGGAAAGGGAAUACCUUCGCACUCGAGGUGCCAUGAUUCUGCAGAGAUACUAUGACUCUAAGAACCAUCAGAAGCGACAAAUUGCCACCGGCAGUAUUCAAGAAUUGAAAGAGCGGAUCAGACAGCGAACCCUGGGUCCCAGCAUCGACACGCAUGGGGAGACCUUUCUGUCCCCUGAACUGGUUGUAAACCUGUUGCAGGAAACACGCCACGCCUUCGAGAGAUGCCACAAGCUUUCAGAUCCAUCUGAUCURUCCAAGAAUGCCUACCUAAUUUUUCUGCUUUUGGUGGAACAUCUGUGUGUGGAUCACAUUGACUACGCCUUGGAGAUUGGUCUCGCAGCAAUUCCCUCUUCCGAUGCCAAAAAUUCCAACCUGUACUUCCUGGAUGUAGUUCAGCAGGCGAACUCUAUCUUCCACUUGUUUGAUAAGCAGUUUAACGACCAGCUAAUGCCUCUAAUAAGUUCUUCCUCGAAACUGCACGAGUGUUUGCACAAGAAGAAGGAGGUGAUAGAGCAUAUGGAAGUGAAACUGGACACAGGCAUCGACAGGACACUAAGCUGCAUGGUGGGACAGAUGAAGUACAUCCUGGCGUCCGAGCAGAAGAAAACUGAUUUCAAGCCUGAGGAUGAGAACAAUGUCAUGAUCCAGUACACCGCGGCCUGCUCCAAGGUGUGUGCGUACGUCAGCCGGCAGGUGGAGCACGUGCGGAAGUCCAUGGACGGGAAAAAUGUGGACACGGUGCUGACGGAGCUGGGCGUUCGCUUCCACAGACUCAUCCACGAGCAUUUACAGCAGUACAGCUACAGCUCAAUGGGAGGCAUGCUGGCCAUCUGCGACGUGGCUGAAUACCGACGAUCUGCCAAGGACUUCAGGGUUCCUCUGGUACUGCAGCUCUUUGACACACUCCACGCCCUCUGUAACCUGCUGGUGGUUGCUCCUGACAACCUGAAACAAGUUUGUUCAGGGGAACAGCUCACUAAUCUGGACCGGAACCUCCUGCACGCUUUUGUCCAACUCAGGGUGGACUACCGUUCAGCCAGACUGGGCCGACACUUCAGUUAAUGACUGUAAGGACCCUCGCUGUGCUCCGUCCAGACGAAUACUGCUUUGAUGAGAGGAUGCGCCCUUAAAAAUACUAAAUACCAUUUCAGAGAAGRUAUCAGUCCUGUCUCAUCAUGAUGACUACAGACAUUGGAAGACAGCUGCUCUAACGAUUUGGGAAAUGUGCAUUUUAUUGUCUUUUCAAUGUUUAUUUCUGUGCAAUGAUGAAAUUUAAUUGUCCAUCAAUUUCGAUUUUCAUUUGUUUUUAAAUAGUGAUGAUCACAAAUUUCUUUUUAAGACAUUUGAGAAGUAAAAGGACACUGCUUAUUUCCCUGCUAACAUAGAAAACAAUUUCUUGUGUCAAAUAUGACACAUGAAUUGACUGAAGGUGUUUUAAACAGACUAUCAAUAAUCAGUCUGCAGUUUCACUAAAUACGGGAAACGCUUUGUGAUGAAGUGUUGGAGACUGAACAGACUUCUUGACCAAGCUUGAAUUAGAACUCUGUCUUCCUAAAAGCUGUUUUACACCAAACAGAAACCGUGUUGAUAGUCGUUUAAUGUGCUUUUGACUUCACAUUACCAGAGUCUGCACAAAAACACAGCUAAGACGGCCUCCAGCUGCCAGCGUCUGUGCAAAAAAGCAGAACAAAUCAGGAAUUAAUAUAUUAUUCAAUAAGAUAAAAAAAUAAAUAAUUUGUAAUAAAACAAGGCUUCCAUAAAGUCCAAUCAUUAGACAACAUCCAAACUAAACAGCAAUUAAAACUAACAGAAUAUAUUGAACAUAAGUGUCAAAUUUAACACAUUUUAACUUGUUACAGAGUACAUUUUAAAGGCUAAACCAUCAAUCAGAGCAUUCAUUAAUCAGGGAAUGUUAUUCUGACAUCAUAUUGUCUCAGAAUGGUGUAAUGAAACCCUGUUUUAGCACACAUGAUCACCAUUUCCCCCUUCGACCCGCAACAAUAAAGGUGAAGUCGAGAGGCCGUCACAGAGGAGUGUGACCCCGAGCUACAAAGAAGCCUGAGAAUCCCCUCUGGAACUUUGGGUGGUCCCCUCAUGGCUCAGAUGCUUCAUGCGAUGGGUCACUGAGUCUGUGUCACUGUAAUUGCAUAGAUCAACACUUGCCCAUCCAAGACAAGACAUUGUUGGCCUAAUCUGCAGCAUUUCUGGGUCAGAGGACACUAAAAUGGUAACCUGUGGUGAUUAGGGAAAGCCAGCCAAAGUGACUUCUUCGCACAGGGCUCUUUGGAGGAUCGYGACUGAUUCCUGAAAAUUUCUUCCUUUCCAAAGCUGCUCCCACUGUACUGCCGUUUACCUGAAUUAGUAAAUCAAUAAAAGCUGCAUUCAUUAUCAUCCA